UAGAAAAAGAGAGAGUCGACAGCUCACCUACAGCCUCGCUGCCAGUUACAACCCCUUAAGACUCGCAUACUCAAACAUUCGACCUGCGACGCUUCACCUGCUCUUCUUUCUCUUCGCCUCUCCUUACUUAGCCUCGUUUCUUCUCUGCUUUCUCUCUCUCUCUCUCUCUCUUGGCUAUUAUCAACGGCGUCUGUUUAACCCUCGCUGCGAGCUCUUCAAACCAGUCGAUGGUCAAACGUCCGUCGUCAAAGAGACCUCAAAACUCGCGAGGCUCCGAGUGACCUCGUCCCGGGGUACAAGACCUCAUCGAUCUCUCGUCUUCCUCUCUACGUACUUCGAUAAAGAAAAAAACACGUAAAACUGUACUAAGCCCGAAAGUGCGCGUUCUGACUCAUGAAACUUGAACGACGCUCCGCAAACGACUCCCGUGAAAAUCAAUGAUCAGCUGUUCAACCGAACAGACGCCGCCGGGAACAUGUGCGAGAUGACAGCGAACCGAGUCCCAGCUGAGACUCCUCCGGCAAAAUAUCUUCGAGAUUAACCUUCUCUCCUUCUCCCUCUUCGGCUCUACGAGCCAUCGGUGCUCUCUCGAAGCACGAGAAACAUGCGAAACUCUCUUGUCGCUCAUUGAUGAGACGCUCGGGCGCGAAAAAAGCCGGAAAACUCAUUAGAGCCUCGGCGCGAUACACCCCCGAAAAUCGGUCUCUCCUUCAGUGAAAUGUCGUUCUUUGGCUGGGGAAAGCACGCCGGGGAUGGUGCUCCUGAUCAUCAUCAACAACAUCCGGGGAGGAACCUCCAGGAUGGACUUUUCCAAAUCGCUUCGCAAGCCUGUCACAUCCUUGUCCAGGUCAACAACACCCACAACGUUUCUUACGGGGGAAGCAACACCGUGACGAACGUCGCUUACUCAAAAUACACCGGAGCAGGUGAAUCAACCCACAUCGCGUCGUCCUCGGGCUCAACGAACCAAAGAGGCCCUUCUUCCUCCAGCUCGAGGUCAUACUCUUCUAAUCACCCCGGAACCAGUUCGCAGAGGAAGGAUCAAGACGUGCUGGUCCUUUUACCGACCCACAGAAAAAGCAGGACACCGCGAAUCCGCCACAAAUUAUCGACCGUAUCUGAAAAUGCGAGACUCGAUGUCAGUUCGCCGCCGGGCGGAGACGACGAUCUGGAGCUGUGGGACCAAUCUGGGUUCAUGCUGAGGAGCGACACCGACGAUCCCCUCACUCACUCAAAAUGGGGGGCGCAGAACUGGUGCCGACCUAGCUGCAUACCGAUUUCGAUAAUCCUAAUUCUGAUCGUCCUGGUAGUUUUGCUACCACUCUUGGAUCAUGCCGCUGAUAAGCACGCUUCGAAUUCCACGUUAUUCGGCAACGAAAGCGACUACACGUGCAUGGAAAACUGUCGUAUAUCUUUGGUCGAAUCGAUACCGAUAGGUAUGCGUUAUUCGAACAAUACGAUCCUCCAUAACAGCACGUAUCAAGCAUGGAUGGACCUCGUUUCAUCGGCCCAGCACACUAUCGAAAUUGCUUCGCUUUAUUGGACUAUGAAACGGGCGGAUGUUUAUCCCGACGACAGCGCCAAAGAAGGCGAAGAUGUUUUCGAAGCCCUUCUCGAAGCGGGUCGGGACCGAAACGUGGCUAUAAAAAUCGCACAAAAUAUUCCAUCGCAAUUGAGUCCGAAUUUGGACACGGAAUACCUCGCUAAAAAAGCGAAAGCUCAGGUGUUGAGCUUAAAUUUUGCUGCACUUCUCGGGGGUGGUGUGCUUCAUACGAAGCUUUGGUUAAUCGAUCGAACCCACGUUUACGUCGGUUCGGCGAAUAUGGAUUGGAGAUCAUUGACCCAGGUCAAGGAGCUCGGUAUUUUGGCGAUCAAUUGUUCUUGCUUCGCGAACGAUCUCGCUAAAAUAUUCGAGGUUUAUUGGCAACUCGGCAAUGAGGGAAGAAUUCCAUCGACGUGGCCUGACACUAUGGCCACCAAAAUAAAUCUCGACAAUCCUAUGAAUUUUACUCUUGACAAUAACAAUUACAAAAGUUUCGUUGCGAGUUCGCCACCUCCCCUCUCACCUCCGGGCAGGACUAACGAUCUCGAUGCAAUAAUCCAUUGCAUAGAAAAAGCCGAAAAAUUUGUUUACAUAUCGGUCAUGGAUUAUUUUCCCCUGACUAUUUACACGGCUAAAGUAAAAUAUUGGCCGAUAAUUGACAACGCCCUGAGAUCGGCGGCUAUAGAUCGUAAAAUAACAAUUAGGCUGUUGAUAUCCUGGUGGAAGCAUUCGAGACCCUCGGAGGAUUAUUUUCUUCGAUCUCUCGUCGACUUAACGACCAGUUACAAAAACGUCAAAAUUGAAGUUAAACGAUUCAUCGUACCCACCAAUCCGGAUCUCGAUAAAAUACCAUUCUCCCGUGUUAAUCACAACAAAUACAUGGUCACCGACGUCGCAGCUUACAUCGGUACGAGCAAUUGGUCCGGAGAUUAUUUUAUCAAUACUGCAGGAAUCGGAAUGGUUUUCGAAGAUGUCGGUCACAAAAAUGUCAACAGCAUAAGGAAACAGCUCGAGGACAUUUUCAAUCGAGAUUGGAAUUCGGCUUACGCGCAUUCCCUCGAAACGCCGUGUCCCAUGAAGGAAUCACUGACAAGAGCAACGCCCCGAAGUGAUUUUAUGCUGCCACCAAAUUCUCACCAUGUACCUGCCUGAAAUCUGACCGGAAAAAAAAACAUUUCACGCGAUGUUCCGCUCCAACUGUUUGGGCGUUAUGGUAAUUGUCGUUUACCAACGUUUAUUAGGCCUAAUGUAAAUACCUUAAAGCAAAAAAGUCUCCCACUUGCUCUAAAAUCUUUAACAAUAAUAAUCGAUGAUCCUUGUCGAAAAAAAAAAUCCCAGUUGCGAAUAAACCAACGGCGAAAAUUCAUCGAAAUAUUUUUUAAUUCUUUUUUUACUCGAAACUGUUUUCAGUUGUAAAAAUCAUUGAUACACUACCGCGCGACGUGCCUUUUUUAUAAUUUAUCAAAAUUUCAUUAGCUUUUUUACUGGUUAAUGAAAAAAUGCUUUUCUCACUUCAGCAUUAUUGGAAAAAACAUUCGCCAUUUUUUAAAAACAUUCUUUUUAAGUACGAUUCCAAAGAAAUUUUCUCCCAGUUAAUUAGCUCGACGAAGCGUUAAGUUUUUUUUAAAUAUUCCAAAAAAAAUGCAUUUUCUCAUUCUAAAUUUCUUGAUAGUUAUUCGAAUCCAAUUCGUAGUUCAGUGUACGAUGCUACUACGGUGAAAUAUUUUUCGAAACUCCGAUAAAAAUGUUUAUCCUUAAAUAUAAAUAUUGUCUUCGCGCACCAAAUAACGUGCUUAUUAGUCUAUAAUUAGAUAAUCAUGGAAGAAUUAAUUGUUAUAAUUGUACGAUUGUUGAGAGGGGAAAAGAGAGUAGAAAAAAAUGCAUAAAACGAAAUGAAGAAUAAAGAAAAGAAACUCUGCUCGAA